UCUCCCUUCUCCUCUCAACUCGCUCGCUCGCUCUGCCAUGGCUACCUUCGACGAAGAAACCGCCAAGAAGUUGGUAACACAGGUGGAGUUCUACUUCAGUGAUAGUAAUCUACCCAGAGACGGUUUCCUCAGAAAGGAAGUCUCCAAGAGCAAAGAUGGUUUGGUUAGUCUGCCUCUGGUUUGUUCCUUCUCUCGUAUGAGGAACCUCCUUGGCCUCGGCAACACCAAACGGGAAGACAUCCCUGAGAGAAUCGUGGAGGAAGUAGCUAAUCUCUUGCGGGCUUCUGAGUUUCUUAAAGUUUCCGACAAUGGGCAAAGGAUCGGUAGAGGAACAAAACUCUGUAAGUUGGACAAGGUGCUUGAACAAGUACACAGAAGAACCAUUGCAGCAUCGCCUUUUGAGUAUUACAUAAAGAUGGAGGAUGUAGCAUCUUUCUUCUCACAGUAUGCCAAGGUGAACAGUGUGAGGCUACCUCACCACAUUGGAGAUAAGCAAUACUUUUGUGGCACUGCGUUGGUUGAAUUAUCGUCUGAGGAAGAAGCUGAAGAUGUUUUGAGGCAGAGCUUGGUCUAUUCCGGCGCUGAACUAGUAUUAGUACCAAAGAGUGAUUUUGACCGUCAAAGAGAAAAUAUGAUCCAGAAACUCGGAAAUUCAGAGUCAAGUCUUUCAGAUUCCUCCCAUAAAGAGUUCCAAAGAGGUCAGCUUGUCAAGUUUACACUGAAAACAAUAGCCAACGGAGGAGUGGUGAUAAAUAAAGAAAAUCCCAAGAAUCUAGAAAAUGAAAUCAGUGGGAAGGAAGACAGUGCUGAGAAAGUGGAAAGAGGGGAUUUGGUGGCAGAUAAAGAAAGUGACAGCACUGAUCAACUUGUUGUUCCUCCUCCGUGGGAAAACAUUGAUAAUGAGGUUCUCAAGGAUGUUUUCCGAAGAUUUGGCAGCGUUAAGCACAUAGAGUUCUCUGGUGGUGGAUCGGAUUCGGGUUACGUUUGUUUUAUAGAUUCAGAAACAGCUUUGAAAGCCCGUUCUGCGGUGGAGUUUGUUGGAGGUUUAGUUGUGAAGAAUAAAUUCUCAGUUUCCUUAGAAGCAGUGAAUGGGGAGAUAGAGGGAGAGGUGUGGAAAAGACUAUCAUCAGGGGGAGGGAAAGAAGAAGAUGACAAGAUGGAGAAAAGCAAAGGCAAGUGCUCUGAGGCCACUCAACCGCACAAGAAGGCUCGAAAGGAACGCUAGUUAAAAACUUAUGCCCUACACUUAUGCUGGGAUGCACCAAUGACAAUAUAUUUUACCUAAAGUUUAGCUGAUUCUCUCCACAAAACAGACAUUGCUCCACUUGACAAAAUUAACUACUCGUCCAUUAGCAGUUUUGUUAGUCAACCUUCUUUGGGAUCGUAUCGUUAACACAUUGUCAAGAAGGCUCGAAAAGAGCACGCUAGUUAAUUACACUUAUGUUUGGAUGCACCAGUGACAUGAUAUAUUUUUCUGAAGUUUAGCUGAUUCGACAAAA